AUGGCAUCAACAGCAGCCAGGACAUACCUGGCAUUCCAGCACAAUGCAAAACUCACCACCCUAAAGACUAUCGUCACCGCGAUCCGCCCCUUUGCAGACCUCGAAGAAGCCAAUCGCGGUCUCUUCAAAGAAGGAAGCGACCAAGACCAUGUCGUCGUCACGGAGCAAACAAUCUUCCACCCCCAAGGUGGCGGCCAGCCCUCCGACAUCGGCUCCAUGACCGCCGCAGGCUCCUCGUUCGCCGUCAACUCUGUCCGCAUGGACGCCGUGCGCGACGGCCAGGUGCUGCACUUCGGACGCUUCAACGGUGGCACACUUUUCAAAGAGGGUGACGAGGUAGACCAAGCCAUCGACGUGGAAAAGAGGCUGCUAUACUCCCGCCUCCACACAGCAGGACACGUCCUCGGCGCAGCGGUACGGCACCUCCUCGAAAAGGAAGUCGAGGGUUUCGACGAGCUUAAAGCCUCGCAUUUCCCUGACUCGGCAUCGUGCGAGUUCCAGGGGCUCAUCGAUGGGAAGUGGAAGGAGCCGAUCCAGGGCAAAGUUGACGAGUUUCUGGCGGCCAAGAUGCCGGUCAAGGUCGACUUCUGGGAUGAGGACGAUUUCAAGGCACGCGGGCUCGAGAGGCUGAUUCCGGAUCGGAGUCUUGCGCCGCCUGGGGAGAAGUUCCGGGUUGUGGAGAUCGUGGGCGCCGAGGUGUACCCUUGCGGCGGUACGCAUGUUGACACGACAGACUUGUGCGGGGAGACUGUUGUGAAGAAGAUUUCAAGGAGUAAGGGGAAGUCAAAGGUCAGCUACGCUGUGAAAUAA